AUGGAUACGCUUUCCUCCGCCCAACAUUCUACCCCUCCCCCCCAGGACACAUUCCUCAUGCCUGCUAGCUCGAUUGGCCGUCGUCGGGGUAGUUCAGAGUCCCGCCCAAGCAUUCACAAGGCUCAGGGCCAUAUCCCCGCAUGCCUGGUUAAUGCCUCGGUGACGUAUUGCAACAAUGAUCAGAUCUACGCUUUUGGCGGGUUCGACCAGUAUACCGAUGAAGUGUAUAACCAUGUCCUACGAUUGGAUUUGAAUACUCUUCGGUGGGAGUUGGUGGAUAACUACGGAGAUAUCCCGGGUGUUCGCAUGGGACACACGGCCUCGCUCUACCAAGGAGACAAAUUGAUCGUAUUCGGAGGCGAAAAUGAGCAUCGUGAGUACUUGUCAGACGUAAUCAUUUUCGAUAUUCCCACAUCCACCUGGACGCAGCCAGAAAUCCGCGGACCCAUACCACGAGGACGGGCUCGCCAUGCUGCCGUUAUCUACGAGGACAAACUCUUCAUCUUGGGGGGCAUAACGUCGGAGCGCAGUGUUAUUAUCGACGACAUGUCCUAUUUGGAUCUCAAAACCUGGACCUGGUCUCGAUCCUGGAAAUUCACCGCCCGCUUCGAUCACCUCGCCUGGAUAUGGGGCGGCCGCCUUUGGACAUUUGGAGGACUCGAUCCAGAUAUGGAACGGACCACGGAUAUCUGGUGGUUAGAACUUCAGGGCAUUCCCGCUCUUGGAAUGCCAACAGCUUCACAAGGUACCAUGGAUUCUCCCACUCCACUCGGCACGACAGCUCACGGUCCAGACCCUCUGUAUAGUAACUCAUCACAACAACUGCCCGGCCGGUCCGGGAGCUAUGCAGCCAACUCUGCAAGUGUACAGGUUCGCAAUACCAAUCGACGAAAAUCCAUAGCCCCCGGUUCCAUCUCUUGUAUUCAAUUCAAAUCUGGUCCCAACGUACCGGCUCUGUUUUCCGGUACUCAUUUUCAGGCAUAUGCGUCGGGGGUAUUGCUCGAUUUGAUCACGCCAUCCGAAACCGUCCGCACCUUUGAUUGUAACCUGUCGUCCUUAGAACUUGACUCGUUACGAUGGCAGAGACUAGCUGACGGACAGGAAAUUUUCCGGCCAGGUUAUCGCUGGCACUACUGCACAGUCAAUGCAAGCGGCACUAAAGCGUGGUUGCUUGGAUGUAGUCUAGAUGUCGGCAGCAAUCCCGACACGAGUGACGAGAAUCAUAUGACCGAAGUCCUCAGUAUCGAUUUGGAAAGGUACGGUUUGCUGGGCAACGAGAUGUCGGCCCUGUCUCCCGACCCAAGAAGAACGAGGAUGAUCUCUGGACGGACAGAAACGGGGCCUCUCUCUGGCCUAGGGGCGGACUUGUCGUCUGCCUUUGAUCAAUCACCAGAGUCCGGCAGUGGGGCAGACUUUACAAUUACUGCUAAUCCAGAUGACUUUACUUAUGCGGACGAUAUGACCGAAGAUGGAACUGUCGCCCAGUCGACACCCGCCUUCCUACCAGCCAACACAAGCACAUCUCCCCCGAUCCACGUGCACAAACUCAUCCUGCAACUAAGAUGGCCACAUUUCAAGCGGUUGUAUUCCGCCCAGAUGGCAGAGUAUCACACGAAUAGGAUGCACAUUCCCGAACCUUACUCCGUUGUCCGUGCGUUCCUCUACUAUCUCUACACGGAUAGUAUAGCCGGUCAUCCGGAGUACUGCUCAGAUAUUAUUGAUGUAGCAGGGAUGCUUGUGAUGGCAAACCUCUAUGAUAUGCCCCGACUGCGUUUGCUGUGCGUCAACCGCCUAGGGCGAGAGCUAGAUGUAGAGAACGCGGCGAUAAUCUGGGACAGAGCAGGACGAACGAAUGAGGAAUGGUUGAUGAGACGCGCUGCCCAGUUCUGCCUUAGUCACUGGGGUCGGAUUGUUCGGACCGAUGGCUUCAAGUCUUUGAGCAGGCAGAGCUUGAUUGAACUAUGUGAGGUCGUCGACAUGGAGGGCCGGAUUAUUGCAGGGCCGGAGCUGGAACUCGUCGGGACGCUGGGCGCAGAUGACGGGCUGGGCCCAAGUCGCGAACUGAAACGGUCGCAACUAGCUCUGAACGACGGGGAGGAUGCUGAUGUUGACGAGAUGGAUGGCCUGGAGGCUUCAUAA